GGAACAGAUCUUUCUCUGCCCAGCUCACAGGAAGCCUACUGUAGACCCAGUCUGAACAAAGCACGAGGUAGACUUAGUCACAGAGUCAUUGGACCAUCCCCCUGCGAGCCCACAAACACACCAGUCUGCGUUGUAGAAAACCCUCUCACUCAAACAGCAGCAGCAGUACUGGCAGUACGAUCAAGGCCCUUCCUUCAGUCUCCACAGGCAAACUCCGUUUUCACACCGGCUGCCUACUCCAGGCAUGGCUGACGGCUGUACCCAGUCAUGGCACUGCGACAUUACACCCUCGACUUCAACCUCUCAGCGCCAGCUGACUGUCCUUCGACUGUGCGUGGGCUGCAGUCUAUAUUUCAAGAGCAGGAAAUGACAGAGACUGUCCAUGACACUGAGGGACAUGGAUACCUUGCUACCUUCAUUGGCAAGAGUGGCAGGUUGGUUAUUCUGCGUGUGCACUCCCAAGGUCUGGUUACCGUUGAUCUGCAGUGUUGUGAAGGAGAUAACAUUGCACAAGUAGAUAAUCUUUUGAAUGCACUGGAAAAGAAGCUAAAAAGUCUCCUACAUGGAAACAUUAGGGGGGUCAAGAGGCUCCCAGCUCUGACACGAGGUGCAGCUGUUGAUCGAUACUGGCCCACAGCCGACGGCAGACUGGUGGAGUAUGACAUUGAUCGGGUUGUAUACGAUGAGGACUCUGCAUACCAGAACAUAAAGAUCUUGCACUCACAGCAGUUUGGCAAUAUCCUGAUCCUCAAUGGGGAUGUUAAUCUGGCAGAGAGUGACCUGCCCUACACCCAGGCCAUCAUGGGCAGAGGGAAAGAGAACUAUACAGGAAAGGAGGUGCUGAUCUUAGGAGGCGGUGAUGGAGGAAUCCUCGCUGAGGCCGUCAAACUCAAGCCAAAGAUGAUCACCAUGGUGGAGAUCGACCAAAUGGUGAUUGAUGGGUGCAGGACGCACAUGAGGAAGGCUUGUGGAAAUGUUCUGGACAACCUGAAGGGAGACUGUUACCAGGUGUUGGUGGAGGACUGUGUUCCGGUUCUGAAAAAGUAUGUGGAGGAAGGGAAGACGUUUGAUUAUGUCAUCAAUGACCUCACAGCAGUUCCUAUCUCCACAGCGCCAGAGGAGGACUCUACAUGGGAGUUCCUACAGCUUAUCUUGGAUCUUUCAAUCAAAGUACUGCGUCCUACUGGGAAGUACUUCACACAGGGAAACUGUGCAAAUCUGACUGAGGCACUGGCUCUCUAUGAGGAACAGCUGGGAAGGCUCUCAUGUCCUGUGGACUUUUCCAAGGAGGUGGUUUGUGUUCCCUCUUAUAUGGAACUGUGGGUUUUCUACACCGUUUGGAAGAAGUAAAGAGCUCUCAUUCAAGCCCUGCCUGCCGGAAUGUGAAAAUUGUCCCCCCCCCCCCCCCCACCCAUGAUCCGCUAUCGCACUGAGGGGCGAUAUGACCCCCCCCUCCAAAAAAAAAAAUCUCUCUACUCACAUUUUUUUUUUUUAUCCUUCUAAGUCCAACUCUCAAACUCUUUUUAGAUGUUGGUUUUAUAAUUUUAUGUCUAAACUUGCAAGAGAUUGUAUUUCUGUUAAUUGGAUAUUUUGAGUUGGGCUGUUUUUGCAUAUGUGCUCCAGGGAGAGCUGUGGGGCUGUUACCACUGGAUACACUGAAACCUACUGUAGAGGAUGACUCAGCAUUUCUAUAACUGGUCCCAGACCUGUCUGGGCUUUAGACUUCUCGGACUAUAGCCUGGUCCCAGACCUGUCUGGGCUUUAGACUUCUCUGACUAUUGUUGUCAUGCCAUACAUGUUACAUGUCUUAUACAUGUUUGAAAUGGCAACAAUACUCCUGAGGAGUUGCCUGAAGCUUUUAGAUAUCUGGGACCAGGCUAUAGUCAGAGAAGUCUAAAUCCCAGACAGGUCUGGGACCAGGUAAGUAUUGACACACUUUAUGCACCUGUCCCUCUGGGUUACUUUUCACAUUUGGGUUAUAAAAGCAGCACCAACAUACAAUAGCUUUUGGGUUCUGAUUGUGUGAUAGAAUAUGUGCUCCCCGUAGUUUCAACUGAAUGUCUGUUUGUGUGGUUGUUAAUCCUCUUCUGUUGUAACUGGCGUGAGUGUGAUUUUGAUUACAGGUGCUUGUCAAGAUGUUGAAAAGGCAGUGUGACCCUGCCCAUUGAGGCUGAAGUGUCCGAACGUGUUUUUAAAAGGGAAAAGGGUCCUCCUUUGUGGCGGUUUCUUGCUUGUAAUGAUUUAUUUUUACGUACUUUGUUUUAAAUUGGUCUAAAAUUCUGUUUGGUGCAUGUGCUGGAAAAGGAACGUUUUAUUGAAUGUAGCUUACCAUAUACACAGUGCACAUUCAUGCCUUUUGAUGAUUAUUGUGGUGCUUUGUUACAUUUAUUUAUUGGAUAUUAUUUCACCAAAUGCUGUUUUAUCCCACUGGAAAAAAAUGUAUGUUCAGCAGUGACUACCUGCUAUUAAAACGAGUUGGAGAAUAAAAUA